GCCAGGGAUGCUCAGGGCGAGGAACAGUCCAGCACUGGGCCCUAUCACGCUUAUUACCUUAUCAGAACCCGUUGGAGAGACGGGAAUGCUCGAAGGAGGCUUAGAAUUGGUCCUAAAUAUUGUGCCUCAAUGUUGAUGUGCCUCCUACGUGUCACGCGCCCAUCCCUGAGGCGGCCCGCCCCGGUGUUUGGUCAUGGUGCAUAGGUUUUGUCCACCACUCAUACUGGGGCAGCUUGGCAUUUAAUGGCACCUUUAUCCGCCGAGAUGUCAUGACCAAGGGUGGUUCUUUCUGAGAGGAUGAAGUGCAAAGUAAGUGACUCUUCAAGUGGGGUAGGAAGGCCCCGCCCUGGCCAUGUCAGCAGUGCCGGCCAUGUGUCCCGGCUGCAUAAGGAUGAUGUGGCCCUCAACACACGCAGCAGUAACAAAGGUGAUAGAAGUGAGGGGAGCAUGCUGCGGAGGUCCUCACGAAGAGCCACCAUUGAGAGAAGAGUUUGGGCCUCACCUAAGAAGAUGGCCAAAGCUCCCUCGCCUAACGUCAAAGAGAAACUCAUGCAGCCCAAGUCGUCCAGGAAAGACAAGGAAAAGAAGGUACAAAAUACAGUGCAAAGCAGAUCCACCAGCAAGAGCAAGGUCUUACCAGAUGCCAAAAGAGGGCUGGUCAUGACGGAAGAAACUGGGAAUGCAAGGAGAAAGAUCAAGAGGAGAGAGGGAAUGGAAAAUGUGGGUGACGACAGGGAAGAUACGAGUGAGAGUGCCGGUGAAUUACUUGAAAUGGCGGAAACCACAAAUGUUAGUGAUGCAGAGGAUGCCACAGAAGAGGUAGCCAGUAUUAGUUUAGAAGAAAGAACAGAGGAUGUGACUGAGGAAACCAGUGAUGUCUGUGACGGUGAUGGUAAUGGUGACAACGGUGAUGGUGUUGAUGAGCGCACAGGCAGCAUUAGGACAGGACUCCCUCUUUUGGCUGAGGCAGUGGUCAGUUUAAAAGAUAUUCCUUCAAGAACUUCAAACAGUGACUCGAGUAGAUGUGAACGAGGUGUGGAAGAAAUGCUAGACACUGGUGACUUUUGCCUAACCAAAGCUAUUGUAGAGGAGGUUAUCCCUGACUUUGGAAAUGAUGCCUCUUAUGUUUCCAGCUGUGCUCUACCUGAAGUGAAUUCUAGAAACACACAACAAAGUGCAGGUCAAGUGUUUAGAAAUUUGGAGGAUGUUCUUGGACACUCGUACAGCAAACCAGGGCAGGACUGUGAUAAGGAGGAUGAGGCUAAGGCUGAACCAAAGUCCCCAGUCAGGGCUCAUCCCAGUACCAUAGACACUAGUAGUGGCAGUGAAGAGGCUGAGACAGAAAAUGCAGCCUUAGAAGUGGAACCAGGAGAUGUUGGGAGUGAUGAGGCAUUUAGGGAGCAGCAUCAUGAAUGGGAAAGGAAGAAGGAGGAGGUGAUUAUAGGAGAAGGGGACCAACACACCAUGGACUUCAGUGAGGCUCAGCUUGAUAUCAGAUUAGAGUGUUCAAGCAAAAAUUCAGAAGUGACCAAAGAUGGGAGUGAGGUGUACAGUAUAGAGGAAUCCACGGAACACCUAGGAGAGGAGGAUAAUGCAAACACUCUGGAAGAUAAUGAUCAGACUGAAAAUGAAAGUGUCACAACCUCAGACUUUGCUGCCCAGAAUUCUGAUGGGCCAAUGACUGAUCAAGCCAUCAGUGAGAACAGUAAAGGUGGAGCAGAAGAGGUGUUGGAGGAGGAGGAGGGACAUGUCUCCUUGAGUGUGGCCCUGGCACAGUUGCUCGACUCCGGCUGUGGUGAAGCAGAGGGCACGGAGACACUCACCAUCCACUCUGUGUCCCCAGGUGUGCAGGCAGGGCGGGAAGAGAAGAAGGAAGUGAUGGAAUUGGAUGUCAGCUCAAGAGCUAUGGUGACAGAGAAGGCUGAAAAUGAAGUGGAUGAUGAUGAGGAUGAAGAGGGAGAGCUGGUCAUCAAGGAGGAGGAGGAUGAAGGUGUGGAUGAAGAGACCAACACUGAGUCCGAGGAAGAUAGUGAACUCAAAGGACAAGCAGAAGGUGAAAGCAAAGAGGACAACCACCAAAAUUCACUCUCCAUCAUGAACUCCACCAAAUUACCUGAGCUGUGUAAGGUGAUAAGGUGUGAAAGUGAGGUAGACCGGCACACAACCUCCCCGUCCCCCCCACCCACACCCGCCAAACUCAAGAAGCAAAUUCCUCCCCUGAUCAAAAUAAGUUCACGUCCUCCAGCCAUCAAAACUCCCCUCAAGUGCCCGGAGUGUCCUAUGCAAUUUUGCACUGUACGUUCCCUUCUGUGGCACUUUGGGACUCACGGAGCAAGAUCUCGUGAAAACUGCCUGCCUCCAAUUUUGUUGCAGGACUUGAUAGUUCCCUGGGACAAGCCAACUGUAUCCCUGUUUAUCUCUCAAGCUACAGAUGGAGAGAGAAGCACAGAAAAGAUUAUUGCUUCUAACGAAAUGUCAUUAGCAGUGUCGCUUUCUCCUGAAUCAGACGGGAAAGGGGAAACAACUAACAAACAGGAUCUGACAAUGACUACUCAGAUUCUCAGGGCAGAUGAUGGUAUGGGGACCAAUGGAGAUGUUAUUCUCAAGGUCCCCAUCCCAAGGCUAAAGCCGAAGUCUCAGUUAUCUUCCAUAUUCAAGAAAGACAAGUUCAUUAAUAUUCUGCCCAAGAUAAUGAACAGUGAGAGUCAGAGUAGUGGUACACCUGCCACUCCCCACCUGACCAAAAUGAGGUCUUCUAGCUCCCCUACACCGCAGUUGACGAUACAGGCACAGAGUAGCAAGUCAGCAGAUGUUGUGACAGUUAAACCCCAACACACUGUCCCAAAGAUCACCAUCAGGGGAGACAAUUCAGCCUCACAGGUUCAUGUCAAGGCCCUAGCACCAGUGUCAGCACACUCCGCAGUACAAAUCAAACCGCUUAUGACAUCUUCACAAUCUGCAGUCCAAAUUCAGCCACUCCUUUCAACAUCUCAGCCAGCAAUCCAAAUCCAACCUCUAGUGUCAUCAUCACAGUCAGCUCUCCAAAUACAACCUCUUGUUUCAACAUCCCAGUCGCCAUUACAGAUCCAACCCCUAGUGUCCUCAUCACAGUCAGGUCUCCAAAUCCAGCCUUUGGUAUCAUCUUCACAGUCAGCACUACAGAUUCAGCCUUUGGUUUCUGGUACCCCUGCUGCUGUACAUCCAGUUGCGUCCACCACCACAAAGCCCUCGUCGGCUACUAGUCACAUUGCCUUAAUUCCUGUUGAUAAUCUCACUGCUGUUGGUCAAAACUUUUCUUCAAGAUCCAAGACAGUCCCUCCUCCAAUCAGGAUGGUGGCUCCCCCUCCAGUGCCAGUGAAGCCAGCUUCAACAUCAAUGGAUGGCAUCCUGGAGAAAGAUGGCCUAGUAAUGAUCAAUUCCAACUUAGCUCUACGUAUUGUCUCUUCAUUGCCCAGUUCUCUUGAUAGUAGCACCAGUACCACCACUUCCACUACAACCAUCCGGCCAGUAACCACUCAACUCACUACCGCCAACAAUCUUACCAUUCUGCCACAGGUGGAAGGGAGCAAGCUGGCCAACUCCAAGAAAGAGGGCCUUAAAAACCCAGACAUCCUCACCAUUGUGCCACAGAUAGAUGUAAACAAGAAAGGCUCCCUCUUCAAGAAUGUGCCACCUAACCCCAAUACUCAUACAUCUACUAAGAGCUCUGCUGCCUCACAGGUUGUGAAGCUCUACCUUCUGCAACCCAAAGAUGUGAAAGGUGGGAGUAGUGGGGACAGCACAGCAAAGCUAGGCAUCACUGCAGAUCAAUCCAUUGGGAUGAAUGGCCUUGAAGUGCCAUUAACACUCUCAAAUGGAAAUGAAAAUACUGCCAUCAGUGAGAAUGGGAAUCUAAGGGAGCAUGGAACAGAUGAAGAUGAAGAAAUAGAUGACUUAGAUGAUGACGAUGAGGAAGGAAUGGUGAUUGAUGACGAAAGAGAAGGUGAGGAGGAUGUCAUGGACCCCCUGAGCCUGUGUGCUGUGACUAUGGAGGAUGAGAACCUGGAGGCUUCAAACAGCUCCAUUCAGGCAGAACAGUUCAGUACAGACUCGGUGGCUUCAUCAGAAGACAAGGUCACAAUCAGAAAAAUAGUAGGUAAACCAAAGGGAAAGACCAACCAGGGUUUAGACAUUGUGAAGUAUGAGGCCAGGAAGUAUGUGUGUUGCUACUGUAACAGAAGGUUUGGGUGGUCAACGGACUUGAAGCGUCAUGUCAUCCUCCACACUGGGGAGAAGCCAUUCCAGUGCAAGGUUUGCCCCACGGCAUUCACUCGGAAAUUCCUGCUCCAGAACCACAUGAAAAGAAUGCACCCGGAUAAGUGCAAAAUGUCAGACUUGUGGCCUUAGGAGUUUUCUUUGCAUUGAUAGAUGAUCUUUCUCAUUCAUAAUUUAUGUUGCUGUCAAUGUGUUGAAAUUUCUGAGUGACUGAUUCACAGAAAGGAUCCUUUGGAGGGUAAUGUUUUUGUUUAAGGGCAUUGCAGUUUACAUCAAACAUUUAAACAAUGAUGGUUAUUUUGAUGAUGUGUUACCUGGAUACUAGUCAUGGAAAAAUUAUUUAAUGAUUGCUGUACCUUAUUUUGAACAAAUCUGUUGUUCUGAGGUUGGGGCAGUCAGUUGUAAAAUUCUAAGCUUUACAUUGUUCCUUCUUUGGCGGUAAGGCACACUACGGAUGACAAAAGUUAUUUAUUCUAGUCGUAAAUCUGAACACACACCAGAAUACACAUACAUAUAUAAAACCUUCUACAUAUACAGUAUAUUCUGCAUCUACAGUAUAUUUAUAUAAAAUUGAAGAGAUUCAACAGCUGUUUCCAUUAACAACUCUGAUGAAUGUGAUGUAUGGCAUUGAUGACAUGAUGCUAAUGAAAUAUAUUUUUUCAUGUGCAUGUUUUAAAGUGAACUAUAGUGCAGAAAUCAAUGAAUGAGUGGAGUUGUAAUGUUAAGAGACUUAUAUGUAAGGCAAACAAAGAGAAGCAAACUGGCUUCAACUGGUGCUCUUCACUGUAUGACCAUCUGAAUUUUACCAAAGACUCACCCCAAAACUACCUUUCUUUUUUUUUAUGAAAAUGUUUAUUGAGGAUAUAUUUGACAAGCAAUACUAUGAAGCAAAUAGGAUGAUUUUAACCAAUGCAUGUGUAUAUACAUUUUUUUUUUUACAUUGCUUGGUGCAAUCUGCAGAUUUAAUUGAAGGUUUGCAAAAUGUAUACUUUUUAAUUGUUGGAGUCUUUGAAAAAGAUCAAAAGUCUUGUGAUGACAACUG